AAUGCAGAAAAAGAGAUCAUACUUCAGAGGCAAAGAUUACUGGACCCAAGGUAGAAUUGAACAAACUAGAAGUACAUGUGUUCUGGAGCGACAGUCAAAUGACCAGGAAAGGGCAGACGUAAUAUAAAUAUGUAAAUAACAUCUAAAAGCAGUGGUGUAUGGGGAUUUUUGGAAAAUUGAAUCUAGAUUUUGUGUAGCCUUCAAUCAAUACCUCAUUCUCAUACCCGUUUUACAUAAAUUUAGUAUGCAAAGCGAAGAAAAAUGGCAAUAACUGCCUAUUUGUAUCAAAAAUGGUUAUAGUAAUAAUUGUAGCAAUAUAUUUGACAGGCUGAUGGAUGCAGUAAAGCAGUGGUUCUCAACCUGUGGGUCCACAGGUGUUUUGGCAUACAACUCCCAGAAAUCCCAGCCAAAACAUCUGGGGACCUACAGGUUGACAACCACUGCAGUAAAGUGUAUCACAUUUUGAGACAUAAAUUGUAUUGAACUUCCAUCCAUGUGAGUGGAUCUGAGUACAGUCAUAUUGUAAUUUAAGCUGCCUGAUAAUAAGUUUCAAUAAGUUGUGGAGAAAUAUCAUAUAGCAGUAUUUUGGAUUGUAUUUUUCAAGGUAAUAUUUAAAUAGUUAUAUUUGAACAUUAUUUUAUGUUGGAUUCUCAUGAAUAUCUUUAGGAUUUAGUAGGGAAUGAAUCCAUUGAAAAUUUACUGUACUAAUUUCAUUGUGUCUCAAACACUGUUUCUCAAAUGUACUUCACAGGGAUUUUAAUCUGGAAAUUAAUUUUAUUUUUAUUGUAUAUUUCACUCAAAUUGGACCUAUUCCAUUUAUCUGAAUUUUAUUUUAUUAAUUUGCUAUUGCAGUUGUUAUUCCCCACCUUCACAUCACGAUUCAAUUUGUUAUUGACAUUGGUAGUCCCAAACAGAAAGAGGUAGAAAGUCCAGAGAUGAGGGAGUUACUGACCUAGGAGACUUUUUGUUUUUCCUUUAUUGCUGUGGUAUCUUCAUUUUUUUUAAAAAAAGUUUUAAUCUUUUUAUUUUCCUUUCAUUGUAUUCACAUCAUUCUUAGCCACCUUGUGAGCUAGAAGGCCAGAUAAGAAUUGUAAAUAAAUUUCACAGUGAUUUCGUGUUUUCUUUUUCAGUUGGUGGCAUUCAGAACACUGUCUCUGGCAGGAGACUAAUACUGCUCUACAAUAUUUUGCAACACCUUUCUACUCAAACUAGAAAUGGGGUGGGCUUUUUCCCCUUCGUUAUUUAGAUUGAAUGUCCCUUAUCUGAAAAGCUUGGGAUCAGAAUGGUUUUAGCUUUCAAAUAUGUAUAUUUGCAUACACAUACAUAAUGAAGAUAUCUUGGACCCAAGACUACAUGCAAAAUUAAUAUAUAUAUUUCAUAUAAAAUGUGACCUCUGUAUCCGAGGGGAUAUGCCCCUUCCCUCCCCGUGGAUACCUGAAACUAUGGAUAAUACCAAACCCUGUAUUUUGACUGUGCUUGGGCUCAAAGCAUUCUAUCAAAUUGCACUGGAGGACCUGGGGAAUCACACAAACACUGGGGGCGGGGAGGAUAUGUUUUGGUCCUUGGAUAAGUGAAACCAUGGAUACACAUAACUUUAUUUUAAAUAAUUUGUGUGUGAAACAAAUUUUGUCUCAGGACAUUUUUGGAUUUUGGAGUAAUUCAGAAUUGUGAAAAGGGCACCCUCAGCUUGUGUAUGUUUCUUGAAUAUAAUGUCAGUCACUUUGUAUUCAGACUUCUAACAUUUACUUAUGAUUAUGGGGGAUUUGUAAAGGAAAUAAAAAUAACCCAUUAAUAGAACACUAGGUUUCUCUUUUUUAACAUUUGCACAUCUUUUUGUCAACUAGGAAAUGAAGGUUAGUAACUAACCAGUGUAGAUUAUGAUCUCAUAGAAGACUGUUAUAAUACAUUCAGUCUCUAUGUUAGAUGUUAAAAAACGUCUUGGUAGAAUAGCUAAGUUGGGUGGUAGUAUUCUGUUUAUUACCUACUUGAUUAGCUGGAGGAAUGCUAGUUUGCGAUUGAAUGCCAGAAGGGAUGAGCCUUGGAAGCUGCUGCCUUUCUGGUUAAUUACAUCAUGGCCUACAUGGUGUACCUACAUGGAAUAGAUGCCUUAACAGAAAAUGUGAUGUUUCCCAUUUAUUAGAAUUUUAAAAAAUUCCAUUUCUGUGGUUGAUAAUGUUGGUCUCGUUAUUUCUUUGUUAAAUUUUUGAAAAAAUUAGACAAAAUUUAAAAAAUGAAUAUAAUGACUCAUUUGAACAACUUGCAGCAAGAGUGUGGCUUCUGUGCUAAAAAAAAACUGGAAAAUAAUCUCUUGGGCUUCCGAGUUCAAUGUAGAUGUGAAAAGUUUCAGAACUGGCAGACUAUUUCUGCUUAUAAUUUGUUGAUUAACUUGCACUAUGCAAAACAUCUUUAGUUGACAUACUUGCUCAGAGAGCUUUCAAGACACUAUGUUUUCAGGUAGGCAAGAUGAGACUUACGAGGCUGGGGAAGUCAAUACAUUUGGAGAAUUGGAGAUCAACUCCACCAUAGGCUGUGUGAGGAGAUUAUGCUUCUGAAAUUCAGACCUCUCCGGUUUUAGUAUUUUGUGCUCUACUAAAUGUCCUUUCUGUGGUCACUUCUGGGCUGUUCUCUUUCCUCAUUUGGCGCUCCAGCAAAACAUCUUCAGGAAUGUGUUCAGGAUCCAUCUUGUUGUGAUUAAGCUUCUAGCUAUUGUUGAACAGUUGGAGACUUCUUGGUAAAAAGCUAGCACAUUUUGCCUCUAGAGCUGUGCUUUGGGUUUGUGUAUGUCCUUUAUAGUAAUGUUUUCAGUGGGACUGAUAUAGUCAUAUUCAGGGAAGUAGAGUACUUACCAUGGGUGGUGAGAGUGUUCCCUGCUUGAGUUGCAAGCAGAGAGUUCUUUUCUUAUCUUUGCUGUCAUCAGAUUUUAACACAGACCUGUGCAAACUUCGCGCCUCCUUGUGUUUUGGACUUCAACUUCCACAAUUCCUAACAACCAGUUAUUUGCUGGGGCCUGAUUUAGCACUUUAAACGCAUUCACUUCUGGUGUGCUUGGUGAUUAGGCCAGAUUCAAAUUUGAUAUAGAAAGUCUGAAAAAUAAUUGCAAAGUUGGAGGAAACAUAUUACAGGAAAACAGCUGGAAGGGACAGUUUGUGACCUCCAUCAUUAGAUGGCCUCCUUAGUUAUGUUGGGAGAGGAGGGCAGAACUACAUAGUUACACUGCAACUGGCAUAAAUUGGGCGGGCACAUGUAACAAAAGUCAGCUAAAUUGUUGGCAUUAAAUGCAUACUUUGUAACUCAAGUACAUCCAUCUAACAUAGGUGGAUCAAUUUCAAUUUUCAUAAAAUUGAAUUUGGAGAAGAGUAUUCCUGCCAUGCUUUUGCUGUUUUUAUUGGUGUGAAGCAUACACAUUGUUCAUGGUGUUUAAUGCUUUGAGCCACCUUCCCAUCCUGUUGAUACUGUUGCAGAGAUAUUUUUUUACUAAUAAGACUGUGGAAAACACCCACAUUCUUGUGGAAUGCUUCUCUCUCUCUCUGAUGAUUAUUUUCAUGCUUCAAAUGGUUCUGAAGCCUUGAACUGAGCACUCUGCUAGUGAGGCUAUACAGCUUGUUAUUCUAAAGUAGUGGGCAAGCCCAAUGUAGGGGUUUGAUUAAUUUCUACACUAGUAAAUGAGAUUCAAGUUCAUAUGGGGUAUGGAUUUGAGACAAUCAAUACUUUGUUGUCCAGAUAGCUUGCCUUAUGUUUGUCUUGAAAGAUUAAGGCAGAUUGUUGAAAUCAUAUUGUUAGUGGGAGGAUGCUAUCUGCUGCAGUGGUGAUUAUGAUUUUGUUCGCUGCAUGUGCACCUACCUAUUCAUAUUUGUCAAUUUAUUUUUAUUUCAUUUUGCUGGAUAGGUUUUCUAGCCUUAGUAGGUAUUUUAUGAAAAUCUGUGAUUUUGAGGAGGCAAUUGGGAUGUGAUUUUUUUUAAUGCUUCAAGUCUAAAGAAGUGUUUUCUUGCAUGUGAUCUGAGUACAUCUUUGUGGGAGCAGACAUAAUAGUGUCCUUCUCCCUCUACUUGAGAGGUUUUUUCCAGACUUGUCCAGUGAAGAAUAGAAUCCUUCCUUAUGCUUUUCUCUUAUGACCCUUUGCCCUUUUUCAUUUGAAAAAAGAAUCUUGUAGGAAUAAGUUUGAACUUUUCCCCUACUAACCGAGAAUGGCUAAAUAUCAAAUUUCUUAGUGAGUAAAACCACAUUACUUUAAAGCUGGGGUUCCCAUAUGUGCCUUCAGUUGAUGGCUAAAUAGGCUUCUUGUAUCUCUAGAUUUUCCUGUUCAGUUAAUGAAACAGAAGGAUAUUACUGUGUUCUCUUUAGUGCACAUUCAUUUGCAAGUUUGUGAACCCCAUUAAAUAGCUGCUGUUGUUCCAUACUUCCUCAAAAUAAAAAUGCAUAUCCUUCCUGAUUCUUCUCUUAUUAACUUACAUUUGACUUCCACAUUUAAUAUACUGUGUAUGUCAUCUCUUCAUUUAAAAACUUGUCUGCUUGACAGCUUUCAAAAUAAAAAAUAUUUUGUUUGCUUCUCUCUGUCUGGCUCCCUCUGUUAUCUGUCUUGUUGUUGAAACCUGACCUCUUGUGCUCUAUCUUAUUUCCUUUUCCCAGUCUCCUAAAUUUUAUCCCAUGCCUGUUAGUCUCUUUCAAAGAUCCUGGUGUUUUGCUUCCCAUUCACUGCCUUAUAAAGUUGUCAGAACUCCAGUUCUAUAGCUGGCAUUGGAAGAAAACUUGCAUGUGGCUUGUAUGUGGGCAGAGUAAAGGUGUGUGCGUUCAUAUGUAUUGUUAGACAAAAGUUUAUAGCGGCUUGACCAGCCUAUGACAUUAUGACUUAAAGUAGUGCAAAUUGGGUUAAUGGUCAGUGCAUGGCUGGGCUAAUUGACAGGAACUGGGAGAUAUUAUUGCUUUCCCAAGCAGAAGUGGACUUUAUAGAUAGGUGCAUCUCACUCGAGAGCCAAAGGUGUUGAAGGUAGCUGUGUGGCAGGCUGCAUGAGAAGGUCAUGCUAGUUGUCAUGUAUGCAUUAAAGACAAUGGCAGUUGCAAACUCACAUAGGAUUAUGCUUUUAGUAACAUCUGAGCAGCUGUUGCAUUUUUAAUGUUUCAAGAUAUUGCUAAUGUAUACAGUCCUGCUUACAAAGGGGUGGGGGUGAAUCAUGAUUCUCAAAUGCUAAAUUUGCUGUUUAUGUUUUUUAUGGUGUUUGAUUUUAAACAGCAAAAUGGACUGGGCUGGGAAACAUAAUGGUCCAAAUGAUUCAUCUAGUGAUGGAACAGUACGAUUGCGUGGUCUGCCAUUUGGCUGCAGCAAGGAGGAGAUCGUUCAGUUCUUUCAAGGGUUGGAAAUCGUGCCAAAUGGGAUAACAUUGACGCUGGACUACCAGGGGAGAAGCACAGGGGAGGCCUUCGUGCAGUUUGCUUCAAAGGAGAUAGCAGAAAAAGCUCUGGGGAAACACAAGGAAAGAAUAGGGCACAGAUAUAUUGAGAUCUUCAAAAGUAGUAAGAGUGAAAUCCGAGGAUUCUAUGAUCCACCACGAAGAAUGAUGGGACAGCGACCUGGACCAUAUGAUAGACCAAUGGGAGGAAGAGGGGGUUAUUAUGGAGCUGGGCGUGGAAGGUAUGGUGGCUUUGAUGAGUAUGGUGGCUAUAACAAUUAUGGCUAUGGAAAUGAUGGCUAUGAUGACAGAAUGAGAGAUGGGAGAGGAAUGGGAGGCCAUGGGUAUGGUGGAGCAGGAGAUGCCAGCUCAGGCUUUCAAGGUGGUCAUUUUGUUCACAUGAGGGGAUUGCCAUUUCGAGCUACAGAAAAUGACAUAGCUAAUUUUUUUUCACCACUGACCCCUAUAAGAGUUCAUAUUGACAUUGGAGCAGACGGUAGAGCAACAGGCGAAGCUGAUGUAGAAUUUGUGACACACGAAGAUGCAGUGGCUGCCAUGUCAAAGGAUAAAAAUCAUAUGCAACAUCGAUACAUUGAGUUGUUCCUGAAUUCAACUGCUGGAGGCGGUGCUGGCAUGGGAGGCUAUGGCAGAGAUGGCAUGGAUCAAGGUGGUUAUGGUUCCGUAGGAAGAAUGGGAAUGGGCAGCAGUUACAGUGGAGGAUAUGGUACUCCCGAUGGAUUAGGUGGCUAUGGUCGUGGCAGUGGAAAUAGUGGUGGAUACUAUGGUCAAGGCAACAUGGGAGGAGCUGGAUGGCGUGGAAUGUAUUGAAAAGUCACAUUGUGUCUACAAAGCGUAUUGGAAGGAGACAGUACCUGGUCUACUAGACUUUCUUACAAAAUUUAAAUUUCUUUUGUAUUGAAAACUUUAUAAUGACUGAAGGAAUGUGUUUUCCCAUUAUUUGGUAAGCAACAGAUUGCGAUGGGGAAAUCUGUUUUCUGUAGGUUUUAUUUGUUGCAUACUCUUGACUUUAAAUAAAUUUUUUAUAUUCAAACCACUGAUGUUGAUACUUUUUAUACUAGUUGUUCUAAAAGGUAUGUUGCAUAUUCCAAAACUGUUCAUUUAAGAGAUUCAGAUCAUUAAAACCGUAUCUCAUUAUUGAUACAACAUUCUGUAAAAUGAAGCAACCAUCAACUUGAUAGUACAUUUGUUGAGAUUUGAAGCAAAAGUAUAGGAUAAUUUUCUUCAGUCAAUCUAUUGCAAAAUGCUUGCCAGUAAAGAUAUGUUUCAAAAGCAGAUUGUCUCAAACUGUGCUGAGCAUGAAGACUGUGAGUUAAAAGUCUGGAAUGGCCCUAGUUGAUGUUUGAACUAUGUGAAUACCAGAAAUCUCUUAACUCUUAAAAGUAUAUGUAAAGUAUUGGUACACAUCUGUAUCAGUCUUCAUACUCAUAUCUUUUGCAAUCAGAUUUUCAGACACAGUAUGUUGUGAAUAAUAUUGUGUGGCCAAUAUCAGAUAUGAAGCAUCUAAUUAUUAUUUUAGCGGACUAAGGCAACAUCCAUAGGGUGGUCAGUAACUAUUUUCCUAGAAGUAAACAUUUAAGUUAGGGAUGCUGCUCCUAUUGCUGAAGAUCGGCAUUUUGAACAGAGAUUGCCAGAUGAUUAGAUUACACAAAUAUGUGGUCUGGUUGCUGUGAAUUUAACAUGUAAGAUGUUUGGAUAAAAUACUGUUUAGACACUUAAGCAUUCUCUGUGUAUUGAAGAAAAGGUACUACAUAUUUAUGGUUGUUGUUUAUUUCCUUCCAUUUCACCUGCUUGAAAUCCUACAAAUUCUUCCCAACAAUUUGUCAAGUGUGAUCAAUUACUGAAACUUUGUUGCCUGUUUUUGCUAGUAAUGUUAUGUAUGUAAUAAAUGUCUUAUUGUGGGAGAUAGCAAAAUAGACUCCAUUCUAGGAA